UGGUCGUUGAGAUAUGGAUAUCCAAAGAUACUUGAAAAAUCUUGAGAUUAUUUAUGCAAAUGAGGCAAUCCUUCAAGGACCUAUUAAACGGUGCUACAUGUGUUGUGGCUAUGGCCAUCAGUAUUGGAGGUGCACAAAUAAAGAAGCCAUUCCUUAUGAAGAGCAUGUAAGGAUCAUAGCAGUAUAUGAGAAUCAACAGGAUGGAAAUUACGAAGAUGUCUUUGAUAACCAUGUCAAAGAUGAAGAUGACGUCUUCGUAAAAGGACCGGCUUCUAAUGCUCAGGAAGAAUCACACUAUAAUGAUUCUUCCCUUAUUCAAGAUGACUUGGUUGAUGAGGUAGUUAUAGAGGAAGCCACACCAGAAGUUAUAUAUUCUAAGGAAGUGAUUUCCAUAGAGUAUUAUCCUCUUUUUGGUAAAGGAAAAUCUUAUCUCAUCUCCGAGAUAUAUUUGAAGCAGGUUCUUACAAGGAAUGACAUCAUGUUCCGGAAAUUACACAACGAGGUGUCCACGAAUUCCGGAAGGAACCUCAUUAUUGGUGGUUUCUUAAAUUCCCCAUUUGAUCCGGGAAUUCUCUAAUGAAACCCCAAUCAGUCACGGUGCUGCGAAAGAACUUCUCCGGAUCGUUUCUUCCUUCAAAGGUCGGAAUGUCCACUGAAUUUGUGAACUCUCCAAUCUUUUUCAUCAAAGCAUCAAGCUCCUUCUUGAGUUUAUUCUGUUCAGCAACUAAAUCUCUAUGGGACAUGUUUUGGGAGUGGUUUGACAUGGUUUUGAGGAAGAAGAAGUGCAGGGUAUUUUGGGGUAUAGGUUGGCCGAAUUGGGGUUGGUUUUUGGGGGCCUAAGGUGAACAAAGAUAGGUUAUGUUG